AUGCCAUACCCCAAAAUCUCUAUACGUUUCUGUACCAGGUGCAAGUGGAAUUUGAGGAGUGCGUGGUAUCUUCAAGAGCUUCUUCAGACGUUUCAAGAUGAUCUGGCGGAAAUCUCGUUGAUCCCCGGCGACGCGGGCGAAUUCCGUAUUCUGGGGUACCUUGAUGCAGACGCCGAGAUCAUAAUCUGGGACCGCAAAGUCGAUGGGGGCUUUCCAGAUAGUAAGUUUUUGAAGCAGCGUGUUAAGCAGAUGCUUCUGGCAACGAGCACCGUUGGUGCCCAUGUAGCAAGAAAUGGUACUUCUGCGACGCUAGUAAGUAGUGAAAAGGAAAGCUCUCCAGAUGCUGAAUGUCUUGAUUGCAAGCAGUGA